UAGCUGUGAGCUGCUAAUAUUGUAAAAAAAAGGAAAAAAUAUAUAUAUACACACUACCAAGUCCCAAAGGUUUCUACUUUUCAACACACAAUUUUCUCCCAAGCCAAACAAGAAAAAUCUUAUCUUUAUUUUCCCUUGCUUUCUCCUCCAUUUUUGGCUAUUUUGGGAAAGUUUUCUUCCUCAUUUUCUUGCAAUUUCCUCAAGGGUUAAUCUUAUGGAGUGGUUUGAUGGCAUUGAUGAUGGUGAUCUUCUUGAUCCUAAAAGAGUAGAUGGUUUUUCACCAUCUUCUGAUAGAUGGCCACAGUGGGACUCAACACCGUUUGGGAGUUUCAAGUCAGAAAUGAAAAGGAACAAUAUAAGGUCAUAUGUUGGAGCUGAGGAUUGUAAAGUGACCGGGAAUGGCCUAUCUAAUGACGUUGACAUGAACUUUGGAAUUCAUGAGGAGCCUUUUGAUAAUCCAGCUAGCCAAUCUUCAUGCUGUGACAUGGACCAAUGGUCUUCAUAUCCACCUGAGCAGCUGGAAUUUCAUCUUGAUAACUUGACCUCAAUCGAUCAGUUGGAUGAUGUGUUCCUAAGUUCCUUACUCGAAGACUCUCCAACUGGAAUUGAUGCGUGUGAUGAUUCAUCUGAAUUAUCAACAGAUUCCCGUUGUAGCAUGCUGCUGGAUGAUGAUCAAGUAAGAGAUAUGACAAGCAACGGUUGUGCUGGUACUGCCAAACAUUUCUCUGACCAUGCUUUUACUUCACCAGUGAAUUGGGAGAGUCGAGAAGUUAACAAUUCUUAUUUGCUGAAAAAGGCACUACAAGCAGAGGUUGCCGUAAAUUUGGAGCAUGAUAAAGGAGAUAAUAGAGUGAGUGAUGAGGAUAUAUCCAUGGAGGAAUCUGUCCUACAGCACCUCGAAAAUCUCACAUCUCAGCUGACAGAGGAAACCAGAAUCUGCUUCCGGGAUUCUCUAUAUCGUCUUGCAGAUAAUUCAAAACACGAUGCAUGUCAGAGUAGGAAUGCUAUGCCAGAUCAAGAUUCUACGUGGUUCAGCAAAGAAGAGAACAGAGAAUUGCAGACGAAUGCCAUUGACAGAACUGUUGCCAACUUUUUGUUCAGCAAUGUUGAGUUUGGUGCUUCUGAAGGCUCAUCAUUGGACUUUACUGAAGCCACCAACAUAAGACGGCAUUCAGGAGGUGGUAUGUUGUGGAAUAUCUCACCAGGUUCCCCCGGUUGUGAUGCCCCUACUUUUAACGGAUAAACAAUGCACUCCACUCUGCUUACACUUUUUUUGAAGUGGAACUGUGAUGGGCACUACUCUGCAUCCUAGUUCUUAUAUUUCGUUCAACAAAUCAUAGCAUGGUCGUCUUGCAUUGUCUUGCCUGACCUGAUCCAGCUAAGUUUUGACGGAAGCUUGUGUAUAGUAGGUGUGAUUCAAGGCUAAUAGUGUCUUCCAGCUGAUCAAUAGUUCCUUUUGUAAGAUAGCUGCCUUGGCAGAGGAGCUGCUACCUGAGCUCCAAGAGGUCAAGAAAACUGUUCCUGGCGUUUCGCUAGACAUCCAUGAGUUAUGUAAGCAACUAAAUGCUGCAAGGAUCCCCCGUUUUUUCUUUUAGGCUCCAGAUAUAUUAUAUUAGUUCAAGGAAAAAACUUCAUAGUAUGUGUUUAUUUUUAGAAUUUUGUAAGGAGCUAAUACUUUCUAUCAAUUUGGGUAUAAGAUAGAUAGUAGUAAAGCAGUUGUUUAUAUCUUUUGGUACUUCAGAGCUUUAUAUGAGCAAACACUAUGAGACCAAUGCAAGGUUUGUUGAGUAUAUUAUAUGGUUGGUAAGCUAAUUUCUGAUCUUGUUUUGUUGGCACA